AUGGGCUGUCCCUGCUCCAAGAGACUGGACAAUCAGGCGCUGCCCAAUCCGCUGCAGCAGUUGAAGGCAGCGGAGGCGCCACCGCGUGUCCGACAUCUACAUCGCCGUCGCCAGGAGGAGAAGCGUCUGCGUCAAUUGGCCAAAUUGCAGAAGCGCAACGCACGCAAGCGACGACAUCAGCGUGUUCACAAUUCAGCCACCAAUGGAGGCGACUCCGCCACAGCCAAAGUUGCCCCACAGCUGCGUCUGCGCGGUGGCAGCAACGGCAGCAGCACCACCGAAUGCAUCAGUGCUCUGUAUGCCCGCACCUUGGAACAGCAGCGGGAGGAUCAUCAGCUGGCCAUUGAGCUGAAGAUGGGGCAUCAACUGGAGCGACAACUGUACACGUUCCUGCUCAAUCAGCUGCUGUUGGGCAUCCAGUUCUUUGGCCACUUCGAGCACGAGUUGGCCGCCAUCGAGGAUCAGCUGUUGGCCAAACAACGCGCCUGCUCCCAGACUCUGUCCGAGCACAGUCUGCUUCAUGCCAGCGCCAUUGAUGUGGCUGUUGCCAAGCGACUGCUUUUCCAGGCCACCGAUGGACCCCAUAGGGGUCAGGAUCGGGAUCGGGAUCGGGAACGGGAACAGAGUCAUGGCCACGCCUCUUUCCCGGCAGAGCCGCUGCAGAAGCCCCUCACCUACGUGGUGUUCGAGAACGUGGACGUGGCUAAGCCGAACGAUGCCAACUACGACUCGAUAUCCGCACUCUGCAAGGUGCUCCUCGAGACGGAUUACUACAACACGACUCCGUGUCGAGCGCAGUACGUGCAGCUGUUGGAGCAGAGCCGUUGGAUGGGCUAUGUGCGUCUCAAGCUGCGUGAGGCGACUCCAAUACAACGCAGCUCCAGCGGCAUUCCCAGCGAAGAUGGCGACGUGGACAACGAAGGCGUCUAUACGGAUGGCAGUUCCGGUUACAGCACGGGAACGGGAACGGGAACGGGCAGAAGAGGGAGCUGGGAUGAGGGUGACUAUGAUCAUGUGUACAUAGCACGCCUGAAUACCCAGCGAUCUCUGGCGGAACUGAAGCUGCCCAGAGUGGAGCUGCAGCGGAAUGUGCUGCCGGAGGAGUGCAUAUGUCGGUUGGGCAGUUGUCUUCCCGCCUGGCUGGAGCAGAGCGACGACGAGGUGGACUCCAAUGACAGCUGCACUGAAAAUGAGGAUGAGGAUGAGGAGGCCAAUCAGCUGGAGCAGCGUUCCGGCUAUGAGACGGUCCAGGUGCUGCGCCAAUGCCGCGUGGAGCAACUGCGUCGUCGUAUGCUGCUCCAGCAGUGUUAUCUCAGCUCUCAACAGUUCAUGCACUACUUUGGCGAGCUGCUCCGACAGCAGCUGGCGGAGAAGCUGGACAUCAGCCAGAUGCAGCUGUCCAGUGGCAGCUAUCGGGGAUGCAGCAUCUUCACGUCAACGGAGGAGCUGGUGCCCGCCAUCCAUGUGCCACACGGCUGGCCAGAUUGCGCCUUUGAGUUCAAUCUUCGAGCGCGACCGCAGCUCACGGAUCUCCACACGGGCGACAAGUAUCAAUGGCCAACGGCAGCCGUGAGGAAGCGCAUCCAAUCCUUCGGCUUCCAUGUGGUGCCGGUGGGCUAUGCCCCAAAGCGUGCGCGUAAUCCCUUCCGGGAGCUGGAGUGGCGCAUUAUAUUCCCCCAGGCGGAGCUGCUGCUGGAGCGUCAAUUGAGCAGGAUGCAGCUGAAGAUGCUGCUGCUGAUGAAGACGCUGGUCAGGAGCUAUGUGAACGACAAGUGCCAGGCCAUGGGACACAUCAUGGAGCAGCUGCGCACGCAUCUCUUCUGGCAAUGCGAGCGACAUGGCAAUGAGCACUGGAACGAGGAGUUCCUCGGUGAGCAAUUGGUGCGCUUUGUGCGCUCCUUCGUCGACUGUCUGGCCAAGAAGCAGCUGAGUGACUACUUCAUUGAGCGGCGCAAUCUCUUCGAGCAUGUGCCCGAGGAUGCGCUCAUGGAACUGCGCUCCAUCAUGGCGGGCAUUGCCGAGCAGCCGCUGCUCCAUAUGCUGCAGGCAUUGAGGAAUCUUCAGCAUGCCCAGGACUUUUAUCCCAAGCUCAAUUAUGCCCAAGUGCUGGACACGCUGCUCACCGUGGAUUAUCUACAGUUGCGCAACAAGGCCAAGUUCUCACGCAAUCCAUUGAUCACCAUGGAGCAGGAGGAGAUCUCUCAAGAGCAAGGUCCUGUGCCUAGCGAUCCUCAGGGUCUGGUCGGCAUGCGGCUGCAUCAGGAGCGGACACGUGGCAAGCUACGGCGCAAGACGCAACUGCUGCGUGCCCAGCAGCUGAGACGGCGACACAACUCCGCGGACUCCUUGAGCCUGGACAUGCCACCGCUGCUGCUGCUGCUGCCCCGUGCAUCCAGAGUAUCCCAAGCAUCCCACACAUCCAGCAGAAGCAACUCCUUCGACUCCGCCAACGCCGCCUCCUCCUCCAUUGCGACAACUCCACAGCUCAACGAUGGCGUCGAGAUACUGAGACGGACCAAUCUGCUGGAGCUGCUGCUGGAUCACAUGCUGGCCAUGUUGUCCAAGGCAACGGAGUUUCGCAAUGCCCAGCAUGGCCAGCUGUAUCUGGAGCAGGCACAACGCCUCUGUCGCCUCUACCAGCAGCUCGGCUGCUCCCAGAAUGCCCAACACUAUGCGGAGGCCAUUUGCCAGGCGGCGAGUGGCCUCGAGAGAUCCUUGAGCUGUCCUACAGACAGCUCCAACUCCAGCUCCAGCUCCCGUUGCAGUCCCUCGCAUCGCAAAUCCCUCAAGUUUGUGGAGCAUGUGGUGCAGUUGCACACGGGACAGGUCUUGCCACUGCAACGACCUGCACCACCAAGCAGCACCUUGCGUGUGCCUGCUUCAGCUGGCCAGGAUGUGGAUGAUAUCGUUGUGGAGACGCCGCCACAAGUCGAAUCAAUGAGUUCCAAGGACGCAACGACAACAAUUGCAACUCUGGGAACUUUAUUCCAACGCAUGCAAAUAGAUUCCCCGGUGGCAAUCAAAGCCAUCAGCUCCAAGACGGAGCAACUCAUGCAGAAUCUCGAGCUGCGGGAUUUGCUUAAGCGGAAUACACAGAAACUGAAGAGUGCCUUCAAUUAGGGGAAUCUCAUCUCCCUUUAACUGCUCUCUCUUUAAAUUUAACAAUUUAUAAUUAUAAAUGAUUGAUUGAUUAAUUUUAAUCAAUCCAAGCACCACUCGACUCCACUUCAGACUCAAGAUAAUCCAAGUGGUGCUCCACAUCGUAUAUUAUAAUGAUAUUCUAAGAUUACAAUCAAGCCACUUUACAAUGAACUUAUCUUUAUUUAAUUCUUUCCAGUAACUUGAAAAUGUUGCAGUAAUUUUUGAAAUCUUUGAUUUGCAUUUU